UAUAGAAUUGAUUGAGUUAGGUCCUAUGACAGCCACCCACAAAAACCCAAAGUCUUGUCGAUGUAGAAUGUAGAAGAAGCUGCGGUGGCUUCCUCUUUCAUUGCAGGAACCAUUGACGGGCCGGUUAAUACCGUUGUAACGUUUAGAAAAUGGGGUUUGGAAUGGACUUUGGAGCGUGGUUUUCAAUUUUCAAGCGAAGGGUAAUUGUAGUACAUAUUGUAUUUGCCAGUUUACAAAUCGGGAAGCCUCUUUAAUGUAAUAGUCACCGUUGACACAUGAUGGUAUAUUGACUUUGAAGAUCAGUUUUAGCUUUGUAGGAGAUCUUGCCUUUUAAGUUUCCAUGGCAUCCAAAAUUAUCUUCUUCUUUCUUUUCAUCUUAUUCCCUUCUUCUCAAUUCCACUUGUGUGGAGCACAAACUUUGGUUAAAGCUGGGUACUGGUAUGCCAGUGGUGAAUUUCCCAUACAAGACAUAAAUUCUGCCUUGUUCACUCAUCUUUCAUACGCUUUUGCUGAUGUGAACGCCUCAAAUUAUCAGCUCCUUAUCCCCUCUGCCUCUCAACAAUAUUUGUCCACUUUUCCAACCAUAGUCAAACGGAGAAACCCAUCGGUUAAACCACUGUUAUCCAUCUGGAAUGGAAUAUCUGCAACUGGAAAAUCUAUUGCUGGUGAAAAUGUUACUGACUCAGUUUUAUCUUCAAUGGUUUCAGCAUCUUCUAAAAGGAAGUCUUUCAUUGAUUCCUCUAUAAAAACAGCUAGGCGUUAUGGUUUUCAAGGCAUGGACUUGUUCUGGGUCUGGCCUAACAGUACAGAUUUGUCUAAUAUUGGUGUUUUAUUAGAUGAGUGGCGAGCUGCCAUUAAUUCAGAGCAGAGACAGCCAGGUGAGUCGCAAUUGAUCUUAACACUAGCCAUUCGUUACUUGCCAACAAUUGAAAUGGUAAGUUAUCCAAUCGAUUCCAUAAGAAGAAAUGUAGAUUGGGCUCAUGUUGUGGCAUAUGACUAUCAUUUGCCGACAAGGGAGAAUUUUACAGGCCUUCAUGCUGCUUUGUAUAAUCCAUCUAGUAAUGUCAAUACAGAUUUUGGGAUUAGGGAAUGGUUAAAUAAAGGAAUGCCACCUAGCAAGCUGGUUUUGGGUUUGCCUUACCAUGGGUAUGCAUGGAAAUUGGUGAGCAGUCAAGAUAAUGCCAUUGGUGCACCAUCUUCAGGUCCUGCUGUCAACAUUGAUGGUUCCAUGGGUUAUAAAGCUAUCAAAUCAUAUAUUCGAGAUUAUGGUUAUGGAGCUACUAGUGUAUACAAUGCAACUUAUGUAGUGAACUUACUAACUACCCCAACAAUUUGGAUCAAUUUUGAUGAUGUAGAGACUAUCAAAGCAAAAAUGUCCUAUGUAAAGGAGAAAAAGCUUAUUGGUUUCAAAGCUUUUCAGCUUUCCAAUGAUGAUAAUUGGGUGCUAUCACGGGCAGCUCAAGAGGGGGAAAAUCAAGCAAACAAGCAGCAGUUGUUGCUUAAAAUCAUCCUUCCAGUAUCUCUCAUUGUUAUCCUUGCUGUGGCUUUACUGUUUUAUUUGCGUAGAAGAAAGGUUCAAUCAGAAGCGGAAAUGGUUUUAACGAGCAUUCCUAGCCCAAGAAUUAAUGCACCAGCUGCUGAAAAUUUUGGCAGUGAUGCUUCCCAUUUGCAAGUGUUCAAGUUUGCUAACAUCAAAGGGGCUACAAAUAAUUUCUCAAGUGCAAAUAAGCUUGGAGAAGGUGGCUUUGGUCCUGUGUACAAGGGUAAAUUACCAGGAGGCCAGGAAAUUGCAGUGAAGAGACUUUCCAGAACUUCUACUCAAGGACAUGAGGAAUUUCAAAAUGAGGUUACAUUGACAGCCAGGCUUCAACAUGUAAAUCUAGUAAGGCUGUUGGGAUAUUGCACAGAAAAGGAGGAAAAAUUGCUGAUAUAUGAAUUCAUGCCAAAUAAAAGCUUAGAACUCUAUCUCUUUGAUCCAGUCAGGCGGUAUGUUUUAGACUGGGAAAAGCGUGUGAGGAUCAUUGAAGGGGUUACUCAAGGACUGUUGUAUCUUCAAGAAUAUUCGAAUAUUACGGUGAUUCAUAGGGAUUUAAAAGCUAGCAACAUAUUACUGGAUUGUGAUAUGAACCCCAAGAUAUCAGAUUUUGGGAUGGCUAGACUUUUCAAGAAGGAUGUAAAUGAAGCAAACACUGGUAGAAUUGUUGGAACAUAUGGCUAUGUUCCUCCUGAAUAUGUAAGAAAAGGUAUAUACUCCAUGAAGUAUGAUGUUUACAGCUUUGGAGUUCUUCUUCUGCAAAUUAUAAGUGGCAAGAGGAAUACAUGUUAUUAUGGCCCACAGGAGAACUUAAACCUUCUUGAAUAUGCAUAUGAGUUGUGGAGUGAUGAUAGAGGGACAGAAUUCAUCGAUACAUCACUUGAUGAUUCAUCUUCAACUUGUAAAAUCAUGAGAUGCAUGCAAAUCGCAUUGCUUUGUGUGCAAGAAAAUCCAGAGAAUAGACCAACCAUGUUAGAAGUUUUCAGUAUGCUUAAGAAUGCUUCAAUGGCGGCAACUACGCCUAGAAGGCCAGCUUUCUCUGUAAAAGCAGAUAAAAAUACAGGAAGUACGUCUGCAUCACAACAAGAAAUUUGCUCAUUCAAUGACCCUCAGAUUUCACAAUUGGAACCCCGAUGAUUGCCGCUGCAAACAAUGACAACAGAUGAUUGUUGAUUUCCUUGUAAUUAUUUGCAGUGUCUUUUUUUUGUUGUUUACAUUUUUCAUUGUUAAUAAUUUCAGAGCUAAUACUAAUACAUGACUUGUUCAUAAAUUUUUAUCAUUUUUUUCAA